AAGGUCAGGAUGAGUCUCCAGACCCCGCCCACGCUCCUGCAGCUUGCAAAAAGAAGCCUACUGAAAGAUGAAGCCUUGGCCAUCUCUGCUCUGAAGGACCUGCCCAUGGAGCUCUUCCCACCACUGUUUAAGAGUAUAUUCAUGAACAAACAAACUACCAUCUUGAGGAUGAUGGUGGCAGCCUGGCCUUUCCCAUGCCUUCCUGUUGGAGCCCUGAUGAAGACUUCCAACUUAGAGAUCUUGAAGGCUCUGCUGGAUGGCCUGGAUUUGCUGAUGACACAAAAGGUUCCACCUAACAGGUGGAAGCUACAAGAGCUUGAUUUACGAGAUGCCCGCCAUAACUUCUGGGAUGUGUGGGCUGGAAUAGAGGAAGGUGUCUGCUCUCCAGAUGACAUUAGCAAGAUGGAACCAGUGGUGUAUCAUCCCACACCAGGCAAAAAACAGACCAUGACUGUGCUGAUGAACCUUUCCCUCGUGUCCAGUAAUCUGGAUAAUUACCUAAAUUAUUUCUGUUGGUGGGCCAAGCAGAGAAAAGGUGCUCUACAGGUGAUCUGUCAGAAGCUGAAGUUUUGGGCCAUCCCUGAUUAUAACCCUCUGGAGCUGCUAGAGGUAAUUGAGCCAGUCUCAAUCCAGGAACUGGAAAUAAAUACAUGCUGGGACCUGAAAACCCUUGCAUUGUUAGCCCCUGGUCUGGGGCAGAUGGAAAACCUUCAGAAACUCACUCUCAAAGAAAUCUGUGUACCUUUGGCCUGGCGUGGGGACCGAGAGAUAAAAAAGGCUGGCAUUAUGAAGAUCAUUUCCCAGUUCUCCAAACUCCACAAGCUCCAGCAUCUCUAUUUCAACGAUGUCUGCUUCCUAAAUAAACGCCUGGAACAACUGCUCGGGUGUUUAGAGAGUCCCUUAGAGACCCUCUCAAUCACUUUGUGCAUGCUGUCACGGACAGACAUGAUUUAUCUGUCCCAGUGUCCAAAAGUCCAUCAACUCAAACACCUGGACCUGAGUGGGGUCACGAUUUUUAAUUUAAGUCAUUCAGUUCUAGGAAUACUGCUGGAAAGACUGGCAGGAACAUUGCAAAUAUUAGAAUUGAAGGGCUGUAUGAUAGUGGACUUCCAAAUCAGUGUAAUCUUGCCUGCCCUGAGCCAGUGCUCCCAGCUCACAGAGGUCAAUUUUCUGAAGAACUUCCUGUCUCUGAGCAGCCUACGGAUGCUGCUACAGCACACUGCCAACCUGAAGCAGCUGACCAGGGAGCUGUACCCUGCCCCUGAUGAAGUCUAUGAUGAAAUUGGUGAUAUACUCCCUGACAGAUUUGAACAACAUUGUUCUGAGCUUAUGAACACAAUCAAAGUUAUAAGGCAGCCAAAAGAGGUCUACUUUGUGAGUAAUACAUGUAUAGACUGUCGUGAAUGCUGUGUCUACAGUCGGGAGGCCAUACUGUGUUCCUGUUGGCAAUAA